AUGGCGACGGACGCUGGGCUGGCAAGAGGCGGGCCAUUAGUACUGGUGCUGGGAUGGCGUUCCCCGUCCGAGCUCCAGACGCCCGGGAGUGACCAGACGGCCAACCUGGAAAAUCUGCGAGUUUUCCCGAGCAUAUUUUCAACCUGGAAAACCUCACACCCUGCGUCCCCUAACGUAAUUCCCUCGACAGAGCUUCGAAAGGGUCAAUUGGCAGCCAUUGUCAACCCGCGCACUGUCCUUUCCAUCGUUCGCUCCCUCCCGAACGCAGUCGCGCAAUCCAGGCAAUUGCCCCCAAUGUCUACCUCCUCAGGAGUUAACGUGCUGCGAUACACGGCCCUUGGCCUGGGCGUGUUCUAUGGCUUUACACAUCAGCGAUCGAUCACAGCAAGCCAGAAGGCUGCCGCCGCCGCGAAGGAAUACGAGCGCAAGGAGAAAUUGAUCGACCAAGCGAAGGCCGAGUUUGCGAAGAAGAACCAACCCGUCAAGGCGGUGGCUGCUGAUGCCGGAGCCAACGUCGACCCGAUGGACCCCAAGUUCGACCUUGAGGCCUACUUCAACAACCUGGUGAAGCAGAACCCGUAG